AUGGGCAUUAUAUUCAAAAAUACCGAUAUAUGCCGGUUCAAAUUAAGUAGAAAUGCGAAGUUUGAAUAUUUGAGGGAGAGGAUACAAACAAGGAUGCGAUCUGGAGCUGUCUCACAAAUUAUAUAUCGAAAUGCUGUUAAUUUCAGUGUGAACCAGGUGAAAUAUGUUCCAUUGAAAAUCCGAGAUGAUGAUGAUGUGGAAACGAUGUUUUACAAUCAUGAAUUAUCUGGGUUACAUGCGAUAGAUUUAUACAUAAAAUUUCAACUUUCUCAACAAUCUCAAAUCUCACAAGUGGCCAAUACCAAUGAGGCUGAGCCCGUGUCCAUAAUUCCCAAGGAAGCCGUUAUCGAAGAUGACGAAGAAGAAGAGACUGAGUCACAAGAUGAUGAUUUUUUCACUACCUUAUUCGAAGACGGUGGCCGUGACGAGGCGGAUGCAAUCAACGAAACUGGACAACACAUUCCACUUGAGAAUGUCUAUUGUCCACCCACCCAUAUGACCACUCUGGGAACAACUGGAGACGAAUCAUCAUUUGAAUGGCCCCAAAAUCCUCGUCUUCCGCUGGAGGAUGACAUAGCUGUUGGGAACCAGUUCAAAAACAAAUCUGACUGUGUCUUUGCGAUAUCCAUGUAUCAUAUGAAACAUGUCGUUGAUUUCAGGGUUACAUGGAUGCAAUGGUCGACGCUUAUGCAAGCACUUGCCUCGCGUCUGCUUUUCGUCUCACCGGGAUCAGUCCUCAGGCGUCGGAUAACUUCGAUCAUCUCCGACAGUUUGGCUGAUCUUGAUGCUUCCAUGCUUGAACUCCGGUCACCGGAGACCGAAUCUGCCGUUGUUACCUCUGUUUCUGAGCUUCAUAAACUCAAUGCGCGCCCUGGUGCGCUUGAGAAGGUGUUUUCUCUUAUCAGUCAGAUUCGGCCGGAGAUUGUCACCGUCGUGGAACAAGAAGCAAAUCACAAUGAACUGGCUUUUCUCGAACGGAUAAGGCUAUGUCGGAGGUUUACCUCGGGAAGAAAAUCUUCAACCUGGCGGCGUGUCAAUUUCGCUGUUAACGGAGUUUGCAAGCAGGAUUGGGGUUCCGUCAAGCAAUUGUCGCUCGCUCAUCCUUCUCUUCUUCCUCCGCCAUCGAUAGUGCUAAAUACUAGUGUUGAGGUGUUGAUAAUUUUGGAAAUUUGGCAAAGGAGCUUCAGGUGUGGCGUGUCAACGUUAUAA